ACUUACAUGUGUCGGGAGGCUUUGAAGAUCGAGGCAUAACACAAUAGACGCUAUUCUUAUUCAAUGACAUGUAAAUGAGUUGCGGGGUAUUCUGAAGUUGCUCCUUUAUCUGUCUUCGACUUCAGGUUGUUUGGCGGUUUUCUUAAAGCGAUGCCCCUGGGGAUCCUAUUGGAUAUCUCUCCCGUUUGGCACUCGUUCUGGUCGAGAACGAUUUUUAUAAGUCAUGUUCCUAAUUCGAUUUCGGAAGCACAACCUCUUAUUUUGGCUUUGUUUACCGUCACUGACGUAUCGCUUUUUGUCUCUCAGUUUAAAAAGUUCGUGCGAUCGGCCGCGUGUGAAGGUGCAGCGCACCUGACUCCUUACGCACACACUGCGAAUUAUAGGCUAUAUAAGUAACGAACUCUCUUUUCCCUGAAGCCUGAGUUCUAUAGCCUCUCGUUUGAACCUGGGUUUCUUGCUCCGAAAAGAGACUCAAGCUAUGUAACACCAAUUUGUUACGCAAGGCUUUAGUCCAGUCCCAGACGGUUAGAAUUCAGCUCGUUGCAAGGUUGGCGGGUUAUCCCGACAUUUCGACUGUUCGGCCAAAUGUGGAUCCUUCAAGGUCCGCAAGGAAGUUCACAUUUGGAAAAUACAGGUCCGUAUCUCAUUAUCUUCAUUUCACUUAUUGACUUAACAGCGAGCUACUGCAUCUCUCCUUCUCGGAAAACCUACGCCAUGUUUUUUUCUUCAGGUAUUUUGCUAACGGUAGGAGUGGAUCAUGUAGUAGGAAGAAAGGGUAAGUCUGAUGCUGGUCGCGUUGAUUUUCUGUUUGUAAGUCUCGACCGGCUGUAGUCUGCUUCAAAUCUACCAUGGCGUUUUAUGGACAUGAAGAGAAUUUAAUAAAUGUUUCAUUGCUGAUCGGGCUUCAUGCAUGUGUAAGUGUUGGUGAUGGAACGAUAUUUCUUUACUCUGAGAACAGUUGAAGAAUUCCAUCGGUUUUCUUUCGAGUCUGAAUGACUCGUGGCCUAAAUUUUUAGUAUUGCUUGAAAAACAAAUAUUCUAAUCAUACUUAGAGGUUACUUUUAUUUGAUUUUACCUCACGAGGUAAAGAAGUCAUUAGUUGCAUAUGCAAGCUCAGGUUUUAUAUGAAUUAAUAUAGUUGUUUCUAUGUUUUUAGAUUGCCCAAUUUUAAUACAAGGUGAUGCUUCCAUAAGUCGCAAGCACAGUGUUCUCACAGUUCAACACGAUGUGGCUCACUUGGUAAUCAAUGUUUAUUUCACUUGUUUCUUCACUUCUAAUGCUGUAGUUUUCAUUGGAGUGUCAAGUUAAUCCAGACUUCCUUUGCUUUAGUUUACCUCACUCUGGUGUUGGUCAAGAAAACUCUUAUUGUCCUUCAAACUAAUCAGAGGCAAAACAACACCAAUCAUGAUUUGGCUACUUAUAUUUCUCACACUUACCGCAGUGAUCUGAUUUAGUGCCUGGGGGGGCUUAUUCACUCUGGUUACCUAAAGGAAGGGCACUUAUUCAAAACAGGGUCCCUAAUAGGGACAGAUCACUUUAAUGCUUAUUUGAAAAGGAUUUAGUAAAAUGGAAAAUGGAAUUGCUGUCCCUGAAUUCUUCCAGGCUAAAACAAUUUAAGCCAAGCAAUCACCACAAAUUUUAAGAUGAGAUCAUUUGCUUUAAGGAACUGUGCACUCACACAGACAUGAAGGCCUUUGUAAUGAGGCUAUGAAUGAGCAAUUACAUAUUGAUCUCAGUGAUCGGUAACAGUGCUACUGCUGAAACAGGAUAGGGGCAUGUUUUGUUACAGGGACACUUAUUGGAAUGGUCACUAAUAUACAUUGUAUUAAGGUAUUGAGAGAAGGCAAUCAGAAAACUUUACACUUUAAUUAGAUCUAUAUUUCUAUUUUUAUUGACAUGAAUGAAUCAACUUUUCCUCUUUUUAUUAGCUGGCAGUAUUUCCUCUUGAAAUAAAAAAAUUACAAACCCUCAUUGAUGAAAAAAAUUGACAGGAUUUGAGCUUCAAGAGCUACCCUAUUUUGUUGCCUUGCUUAGAGUGAAGAGCUAAAGCGAGAAAAAAAGGCAUGAAAAGAUUCCUGUCAAUUCCAUGUGUAUGGUGGAAGAAACCCACAGUAAUUAGCUGGCAGUUUUUCUCCUUGAAAUAAAAAUCACAAACCCUCAUUAUUGAGACAAAAAUUGACUGGAUUUGAGCUUGAAGAGGUGCUCUAUGUUUUCCUGGUGUUGCCUAGGUAAGGGUGAAGAGCUUAGGUGUGAAAAUGGCAUGAAAAUAUUCCUUGACAAUUCCAUGUGAAAGGAGGAAGAAACCCCCAGUACUUGAGGUGUACACAGCUACUCUGUUUAAUUCCUUUCAUAAUUACUUCACACUUAUCUUACAGAAUGAUCCAAACAAAAGGUCACAAGUGGUUCUUCAGGACUGCUCCAAAUAUGGUACCUCUGUUAAUGGGGUUAAAGUCAGAGGAACAGUUAACUUGAAAAGUGGUGAUGAAUUAUUGUUUGGAAAAAAUAACAGCUAUUACAUGUAAGUAGUAAAGAUAUUUCCUUAAAUCCCUUAUAUUGAGAGAGAUCUAUACACAGUCUUUAUAAAGGUAGUGCUAUUUUCUCUUCAGGUGAAGCAGUCUUAUAUAUUUGACAUUGGUCAGUUUUUUGCCUCAAUUUUUUUUGUUUAACCCCAUGAAUACACCUUGAAAAUAAAGAUCAAUAAAUGUCUCAUGUCAAAAAAAUGAAUAAAAAACCAUUGAUUCCAGGCUAGUGAAAUCUUAGAAAGCUUUUGUAAUGCAGUAAAAAUAAAUCCACUGGAUUUCUGAAUUGAAUAAUCUGGCUAUGGAUUCAAUUUUUUUUAAAGUCAUUAGUAACAUCUAAAUGUUCAUGGACAUUUGUAUACUUGGAUGAUUGAUGUAAGAUACAGAGAGAGGAAAGAUAAAUUCUGAGCCUCAUCAUCAGAUGAGGAAAGAUGAGUUAAAAACAUUUUUUCACAAGUGUAACACAAAAGAAAAAGUUCCUGCUGAGGAUUCUUGUUACAGUCAGUUUUGAUUUCCAAGUCAGAUGACCUCCCCUGUAAAGAAGGGAGCUGGUCUAUACUCUACCUUAGGUUUGUUAUGGGUAUUGUCCUACCUACUUCUGAGUUCAACAAUUUUGAAAACUUCCAUUAAAGGGAAGUCUUGCUAUUACUUGGUGUAUUUUAAAAAUUGUCACAUUCAGUUUUGACUGUCACCUCUGUUGUCCACGAGGGCUCACAGAUUUUUUUUUUUAAACGUUUCUUUAAGGUUAAAGUACAGUCCUUUGGUUGUUUGUACAUCAUGUCUUGAUGAAAAAAAGAAAGAGGUUUUGAAAAGUGAAAUUCAUGAACUUGGUAUGUAUCAUAAGGGAGAUUUGUAACAUAACUGAAAAAAUUACAGGUUUCUUACUGGCUGAAAAUGAGUUCUUUUUUUCAUGUAACACGAGUGCAAAUUACAAGUAGUGUGCAUGCUGUCAACAUUUUGUCUGUCUUGACUUUCUAUGAUGCCUUUUUUUAUGUAAAUUAUUAUUAUUGUUAUAGCAUGGUUUCUUGUGCAAUGGUGUAAAUAACCACUUAGAAACUUUUCAAAGACUACAAAUUGGACUUUCCCUAUGUGCUUGUGCAAUUUUGUUGUCUACGAAAAAUUUACUUGAGCUUCAUAAUAGUAAAGUGCACUCAAAACCAUGUUAUCAUUGAUACUAAUCGAUAAAAAUUAUUUGGUUUUGCUUAGUGUAAAUGGUUUAUACCUCUGUGAAAAUCUUUAAACUCUAAUAGUGGCUAUCAUUCCAAUAAAAAUAAGUGUAAUGUUUCUUAACUGAAGAUACUUGGAAGUGAGCAAGUGAUAAAGAUACACCCUAUAUGACAACUACAUGGAAAAAUGCCAUCUGAGCAAAGAGAAGAGCUUUUAAGAAGUAUCUAUAUGAAAGGACUCAACAAAACUGGGAAGAGAAAGUGAAAUGUUGCAAUGAGGCAGUCAGACAAAGAAGAAUUGCUGUUUGGCAAUACUGGAAGAAAAAGACUUCUGACCUUAAAGAAAACUCAAGAAAUUUUUUCAAAAAUUUUUUAACUGUUUCUUGGCUCUAGGAAGGGGGUCAUGGGAACUGAUAUAAACUUAAAAGUUGACAGCAAGAUCAUUAGCAACCAAGAGACUGUUGUGGAAAUAUUCGCAGAUCAUUUUGAAACAGUAAAUAUAUGUUAUUUGCCAGCUGGGAGGUCUGUAUGGUGAAAAACUGUGACUGAGGUCUUGAAAAUUCUACAGCCGAGGGCAGCAUUUCAAGACCGAGGUCACAGUUUUUCACCAUAUGGACUGACCCUUAGCCGGUAAAUAACAUAUUUAUUUUUUUUAAACUUGACGAAAUUCUUUCCGAAAGAACCCGAAUGAUUUAAAUACGGCAAGAUCUUCCAUAAACUGAACAAUGUUUGAGUGAGUAAAUGGUAGUUAAAAUAGAGGUGAUGCAAAUUUAGAAGAGAUGCCUCACUGAAACCUUUUUUAUUUCCGUAAUGACAAAAGUGAUUUAAAAGGCUUCCAAACAAACUUUGAAACAUUAUUUUUACAAGUAUCUGUCACAAUUUGACACCUGUCAGUUAGGGAGCGCACAAGAAAAAAAAAGCGCAAGAGCAUUUGAAAAACAAGGGCACAAGUUUGGCAAGGACUGUCAUGACAAUUUUUUCUUCAAAAACAGUCAAUGAUCUAACGGAAAGUAUUUUUCACUCUCAUCAACGAUUCAUUCAUAUACGAAGAUUUACCUCUGUUCAUUAAGUAAACGGAAAGGAAAGCAAUUGUAAAAAUUCAAAUUUUUUAUUUUGAAGUUGUGAGAGUUUGUUCGUUUGUUUGCUGCAAUAGCAUGUGUAAAUGUGGUCUUUCCUCCACAAAAGCUAAAUUCGAAUGGCACACUCCAAUGAAAGAGAUGGGGAUUUAAUGCAGCCUUUUCUCAUCAGAUUCCUUCAGUUUCUUUUGUGCAAUUUACGGUACAAAUGUCCAAACUGAACGGACUUGGAAAGACUCACCGAGAGCGUAAAGUUGUUGUAGAACUUAAAUUAAAACUUCGCUUGCUCUUUCACUACGAACAAACUGUUUGAGAAAAUUCAGAUAUUAAAUGAAUGAAAGUUCCAUCAUUCAGUUUAACUGUAACCAAAUACUUCAUGUUUUAACUUUCUAUAUACUUUUUGUGAAUGAUUAAAAUUAAUUGCAGACGGUUUUUAGGCAGCUUGUCAACCAACGUAAUGACACUAUUUACCUAUAUUUUUCUGUCAACCAAAGUGAUUUGAGACAGAGAAAAGAGAGGAUUCAUAAAUUAUUUAUCAGCUUGAGGUAGUGACCGACAUGUUUGCUUAAAAAUACUGCCCAGCUGGAAAAAUGAGAUAUAUUUAUGAAAAAUGGCAACGAAAGUUGGGAUGUACUCGAUGACUCAUGCAUGAAAGCGUUACCGUGGCCCGUGGGCAGAGAUAGGAAAAUACUGACUGGGUAAAGAACCAAUCAGAUUGCAGGAUUUGUUACCGUGCCCUCUAAAAAAAAAAAAAACAAGCGAUAUCGGAGAUGUCAACUUAAGAAACUCCUCGGUGAGUGACUUAAAUAACCAUCCAAGUGUCUUGUAAAUAUGAAUAGCAAAUAGUUUGAAACCCAUGAUCAAGUCCAAUCCAGUUAACCAAGUACAAGUCAGAAAUGCUCUAGAGUCACUUAAUACAAGAAGAGCAUCUGGAUGUGACAAUUUGCAAGCCAGAGUAUUGAAGUAUGUGUUGCAUAAUCAGCUAUUCAUUUGAACUAUUAUUAAUCCUAUUCAUUCCGCCAUUCACGUUUUGUCGCAAUAUAAAUACUUGUUAAUAAGUGUAUAUUGUCCCAACCGUAAUAUAUGAGGAAAUGCUACCAAUUAUAUAAACUCGUGAGUUUAGGUCUAGAUGGGAUUAUUACUUUGAUUAGUGUGUGUAUGAAUAAAAAACUUUUGCAGAACCAAGUAGUUCACAUGGUGUCGGCAUUUAACAAACCCAGCCAAGACUAACGUCAACAGCAAUCACCGCCAGCUCUUUGGAAACAUCAACCCUCUCAAUCUACAAUGGCUGCAUUGGAGCAUUUACCAGCACCAAAAGGAAACUUCAUGCCGGGCCUUGAAUGUUACCAAAAGUGCUUGGAUUGGGUUGAGGAAUGCAAACUUCUUUUGAAUGGUCUGCUAGCUUCGAAGAGCAAAGCUGUGAAAGCAAAUUAUGUUCUCAUUUGGUUAGGAUAAGCUGGAAGAACACACAUUAAGUCACUGAAUCUCAUCAUGCGAGUGCUACCACCAAGAUUCUGACGCAAGUGUCUAGUGUGGAGUGCCUCAAACCGUUAUGACAGACAACAGCCCCCUAUUCUCGUCGAAGGAAUAUGUAGCCUUUGCAAACUAAUACCACUUUGACCACAUCACGUCAAGCCCUCGUUACUAACAGAGUAAUGGUUUCAUUGAACGUAUGGGGCAGACAGUCAAGCAGUGUAUGAGGAAAUAUGUAGUUGCAGGACAUGAUCCAAGCUUAGCUAUGUUGAUCUACAGAGCCACGCUUUAUUCAUCCAGCACAAGAGAUUGCUCCGAUACCUGCCGAGAGUAUGAAGCGUGGCAACAGCAGUAGCAGCGAACGACCAAGACAUGUGAUUACAAGACCUAAAAGACUUAUAGAGACAAUUUAAUUAGUUUCAGCAUUUCAGUUAAGGCCUAAGUUUUUUUUUAGUAGAGGGGAGAUGUUGCAUAAUCAGCAAUUCAUUUGAGCUAUUAUUAAUCCUAUUCAUUCUGCCAAUCAUGUCUUGUCACUUUUUGUCACAAUAUAAUUACUCGUUAAUAAGUGUAUAUUGUCCCAAUGGUAAUAUGCAGAAAUGCUACCAAAUAUAUAAACUUGUGAGUUUAGUUCUAGGUUGGAUUAUUACUUUGAUUAGUGUGUGUAUGAAUAAAAAACUUUUGCAGAACUGAGUAGUUAGCAGUAAGGAGUGGAAAAACUUGCUAUACCACUGGCGAAUCUUUACAAUUCAUGUAUUAUAAAUUUUAAUUGGCAUUUCUGUAGUGCUACUGAUAAGAGAAAGCUCAAAUGGAUUCAAGAAAGAGCAGUACGGGCAGUUUUCCUAGAUAAGCAAUCAAGCCACCAAGCAUUACUGGACAAGAGUGGUCUAAUGAUGCUUCAGAGCAGAAGACUGCAAGAUAAUGCUAUAAUGCUAAGGUGAAACAUAAACUAUGCCCCACCACAACAUGCAAGCUAUUUCACACGCAUUUUUCAUCCUACAACUUAAGGGUGGUGGAGUUUGCCAUCCCCUGAUUUAGGACCAAGAAAUAUAGUAAACAUUCGCUCACCUACCUGGGACCAAAGUUGCGGAAUAAGCUACCAAGCAAAAUUAGAACCCUCCCAUCAUUAUUUAGUGUUAAAAAUUGUAUCCAUAAAUUUGAUUUCAGCUUAAUGGUAGAAGAUGACAAUUGUUCCAAUUGCGUCCUUUGAAUUCUUAAUCAUUUCUCUUUUUAAUAAUUUAUCCCAUUAGUCAAUAGUUAAUAGGUUUUUAGCUAUAUUAUAUUGUUAGGCUUUUUUUAAAUAGGUCAUUAGAAAAUAGUUAGUAGGUUAUUAACUAUAUUAAGGGUCCCCUAUUAGUAGAGGGGUUUUUAACCCAGUCAGCUAGAUAUUCAAGACAGAUUAAUAAAGUUUAUGAAUGAACGAAUAAAACCUUACGAAUCUUUAAGAAAAUUUUUGAGAUUUGAUACAUUGUUUGAAGUAGGGAACAUUUUCAAGAUUUAAAAAUCCUUAAGUAUCUGAAUUGCAUUGGAUCACUUUUUUUUCAUGCCAUGGUAUGUGUGAUACUAGUUAUGGAGACAUAUUGGAGUGUAGGAUAACUACAUUUUAUGCUGUAGAGAACUUAUUUUAAUUUAAGGAAAAUAAUUUUAUUAAUUCCAGGAGGUCACUUAGUGAAUGACUGGAGGCAAGGAAUUGUGAGUCAUCUAGUGAUGGAUGAAUUGACAUUUACUAUUAAGGUAUAGUAUGAUUAAAAGUCCUCUAGCUUUUUUGAACUUUUUUAAUGGAAUGAAACUUUUUUCAUUGGUUGGUUUUUUAAUUUUUGAGUUGUAACCCUUGGUGAACAAGUGAAACAUAUGCAUUAUUGAGAAUGGGGAAACUUUUAUCAAUGGCUGAAAAAUUGGAACAUACCUUCAAUUGGCAGCAGUUGAAUUAAACAAUGAAUUUCAAUCUGAUGAGAUCCAGCCACCCAUUAGUAGUAAACAUUGUUGAACACACAGAUAAUUAUUGAUGUCAUACAACAAAAGCACCCAGUGAAAAUCUGGGUGGGAAAAGAUGCAGGGGGAGCGGGAAUUUGCAAAAUUUCACCAUCUGUUUUGGUUACCACAAAGGCAAUCUAUACACUUGACUGCCUGGGUACCAGUACCUAGUUUAGGGUGGAAUUAUCUUAACAGUUUUAUUAUUUAGAGGCUUCUUUUGACUCUUUUAAGUCUCUGUUACAUGAAGAGAAUCACAAAGAACUGUGUAAUAUGAAACCACAGGAGAUUUGCCAAAGCAGCAUUAUUUCCCAGGUAUCAACAUGCAAGUAAUAUCAGUUAAUAUGGCCUUACUCAUUUUUAGGUCAUUCAUGCAUUAGCUGAGUGCAGGCCAAUUGUCAAGCCUUCUUACUUUGGAAAUGUUAUAGAAGCAGGGAAUAUAAGAUCCACUAUUCCUGCAGCUGAAAGGUAUAGCAUAUGAUUCAUUUAUUCCAAAGCACAGGCACGGAUGCAAAUAUCUCUUAGUUUUCAGCUGGCAUCAAUCAUACAGACAAACUCACCAAGACAGCGUGUUAAUUUGGUUUUAUCAACAAAGUUGAAAAUGUAAAAUGGUCACCUUAGAGAGUUAUCAAAGCUGAUGUUUCGAGUGUUAGCCCUUCAUCAGAGCAAAAUAUGCUGUUUGACUUUGAAGUACAAUUGGAGAAGGAGUGAAAGUGGUCUUAUGACGUACAUUAUGUGGCAAAUAAAUCAUUUUUCCUCUUCAGUAAAGGUUGGAAAAGACUCCUCAGGUUUCUAUGCUUUCAAAUUUUGGGUACAGCUUGGGAUAUGCUUGCUAUGGGACCAAAACUUCAUCUUCAAGACUUAAUAGGCCUCAGGCAAUAGAUUUUUGUUCAGUUAGAGAUCUUUUUAAUGUUGAUAUUUGUGUUAGGUUCUCUAUUCCUUUGUAUUCAUCUUUAUUUGUGUGCUCUCUGCUGGGUUAUAACAAGUGGCUGUUCAGAUCCUUUUUAUGAUCCAAUGUACAUGUGUAAGGCUAUCAAUGAUAAAAUGUUUUGCUAUGCCUGCAGCUACCUCCCACUCUUGAAAGAGGAGACUAUCAGUUCUCAAGAUGCCAGUUUUCUUCCCAAUGAGGCCAGAAAGACUUUGUUCAAAGGCAAAACAUUUAUUUUCAUCAGUAAAAAACAGGUAAUUUAUAUCUGGAUAUGGUUGCCGAAGUGGUCACAUUUUGUUUUUAGGUUUUGUUGUGUAUUUUUGUGGCUAAUGCCUCCUGUAGGGUGGCAAAACCACAUAAAGUAUGUUGUCAAAAUAAGUGAGUGAGUGUAACAAUAGAAUUCCAAUCUUGACCUGAUGUUUUCUGGUGCUACAUAUUGUUUGUUUUUGAGUAUCUUUGUAGUUGGACAUUUGAACUCGACACACGGUUGAGUUCUCUCUUUUCAGAAUUUCUGGCCUGUAGCCACUAGCACAUGUUUUCAGUUCUUGCCUUGACACUAAAGAAGACAGCAGAAGAUGAUAAAUUUCUGACAAUGAUUUCAGGAUUGUGGGUAAUUUUUCUUAAAGAAAGUUUUCCUUGCAGAAAUACCUUAAUAGGUGUUAUUGGCGUAUCAUGAAACUAAGUGGAGAAUAUAAUGGAUGAUAAACAUCUCAAAGUAAUUUCACAGUGGCAUUCACUGACAAAUAUUUUACAUCAAAACUUUUCCUGGCAGAAAUAUCUGAAUAGAUGCGAUCUUCACAUUCUUUGAAAAUAGAGAACUUUAACAUUUUAAUCAGUGACUUAUGCUGAUAAGAGGCACUAAAUUUACGAUGGGAGAAAGCUGCAAAAUACAACACCUUGAGUUAUUCAAUAGAAUGAUGGAACGAAGGAGUGGUGGAUUGGUGGAAUGGCAGAAUAUCUUAAGAUGGGGAGUGAUGGAAUAUUCUAAAAUGCAGAAUGCCUUUUUGUAUGAAACAAAAGUCUUAAUAAAAUGGAAUUGCAAUAAAAUAAGAAAACUGUGUAUAAUUGGUAGGCAAAAUUAUAAGAAGCAUACAAUUAGGUGAUCAUUGCUGGAGCCUAGAGAAUAGGGGAACCAUUAAGCUUUUGACCUAGCCCCUUUGAUCAUUAUUAUGGAACUAUUUUUAUCAUCAUUACUAUUGUUGAUUUUAUUAUUUGUUACCUUUAAAUUGUUGGUUGAAUGUCAGUUAGGCAAUAUAUUCUUGAAUCAUUUCUCUCUUGUGGCACAGGGUACUCAUGGAUAUGUGGGAUUCAGCAGGUUUUCUGUUUUGCAUGUGAGACAAAUAUUCUGCAACACAACCUUUUAGUGUCAUUAUAUAACCUCUACUUCUUUUCAGUGCCAUAAAACUGUGCUAUAUCUAAAGCCACAUGCAGUCCUUAACUGUCUUUUUUUUUAGUACAAGAGAGUACACUAUGCUGUGGAAUCAAGCGGUGGAAUCACUUUAUUGAGGGACAAUCCUGGGAGUGAGAAUGAUGACUUCUUGGUGUCAGGUAAUGUUUGUGUUAUGAUGGUGGACACAAAAGAUCAAAGUACACUACCUGUUACUUCUCAGCAAUGGAUUUUACAUGUCACAGAAACUCUAAGAAGGUUAGUAUGGGUUCAUGUUUCCUCUCAAGGAUCUUUUAUAAUGUUUUACAAUUUUUUUUAACUGCCAGGGGUUUGCAAGAAAUCUGGUUAAAAUGCAUCCUGUUGAGUUUUUUCAUUUGAUUUGAUUUAGAGCUCAACAUAUUUUGUUGUUAUUUGUUACUUGUGUCACUCAAUCUUCAGUUGAAAAAGCCUCUCUGUAAUGCACAGGUAGCUGUUUCUGGGCAAAAUCAGAUUAAAAACUUACUAUGAAUUCAUUAGGUUGCAUUAAGAAAACAAAUAUAUAUAUAUAUAUAUAUAUAUAUAUAUAUAGAUUGCUUUCAAGAGAAUAGUUUAGGCAUUUUAUAAUUCCAUGAAAUCUUGUUAACAGGUCUUUUAUUUUAACAGAAACAAAUGUCGCCCCAUUCCUGAAUCUGAGCUAGGCUUGGCACUACUGUUUAUAUCUCUGGACAAGUACUGUAAUCCAAGCCUUGCAGCAGGUUCGGAAUUUGUCAUGUUCACAUAAUUUUUAUGCUAACAAGGUUGCUUGCAUUUUACAUUGCUCUAUAUUUUUUUAUCAGUUCCAUCUUUAACACAGAAUCUUGUGAGCCAGUCUUUUCAAGCUGUUGAAGUAAUGUCAGAGAGAGUUUACUCCGAACAACUUACAGUGCAGGAGGUAAAUCUAAUUCAGAGUCAAAUUGUUAUUAAAGCACUCUACCUGUAGGAUACAUAUAUGUUGUGGCUUAAUUGGUAUCUGCUGAGGAAAAUAGAAUAUUCAGUGCUUUCAUGCUGUGAUUCAUUGAGAGCUUCUGAAAAGGACUUUAGUGUAACAGUGGCUGAACCUGAAAUCAUUAUCAGAGACAAGUGAAUUACAGUAAUUUAUCUCAGGAUGACUCCCAUUCAGGAAAGCAGUUCUUUCUAGGACUGUCAUUGCUUAGGUGAUCACAAUACUCAAUCAAUCAAUCAAGAUAGACAAUCAAUUAAGAUGAGACUUCUGACCAUUUUUCUUAGCUGCUAGAGUGUCAGACUACCAAUCAAAAAGGCUGUCACCCCUGGACUGUACUCAUAUUCUGGUUCUUAAAGUUUGAUUUAGGAGAAUAUGCUGCCUUAACAAUCACAUUCCACAAAUGGUUAGACAUUGUAUUAGUUUUUGAUAAAGAUGAUGAAAUGUAGGCCCUAUCUACCUUUCCAUUGUGGUCAGCAGGGGAUACCAAAGAGCUCCCACAAUGGGAUUAGUCUAAGUCUGCAAAAACUCUUUUCCAUUUGAUACAAAGUGCUAUGUGAACUGGUAGUCCUCAGCAGGUCAUUAAAACAGGGCAUGAAAAUUUAUUCAAUGAACUUCACAAAUGCCAAUGAGAUAUGUGUUCACUUUUGGUAAUGGGAGGAAAGGAAGGUUAGUGAUGAUGAAGUAAAAGGUCUGAUGUCACAGGGACACCCACCAUCUGUCUGACUCAUCACAGCCAGCCCAAGUGAUUGGCUCACUGUUGUCACAUGAGCAGACAAAACACUGAUUGAUUAGUUGUCAUUUGAAUUCCAGGCACACGAGAGUGCCAUGAUUGUCUGGUUGGCAACUUCAACAGUGUAAGCAUGUGGUUGGUCAUGUGGCCACAUGUCAAAUGCUUAUGUUGAGUUAUGGGGUGGGAUACCAGUGACGCCUCAUGAUCGCAGUACAGAUAUCUGAAACCUUCAUCAAUUGGCUGAUUGAUGGGAUUGUGAAGGUCAAUAAUGUUGGAAUAUCAAGAUAACAAUUUGAUUUGUGUAAUUCAAAAGAUUUCUUUUUGUGAAUUAGUUCAAGAAACCACCAAUACCUGUGAGGCCCAAAAAAGAGGACAGAACCCAAAGUUCGAAUGUACAGCAGAGCAGCAACACACUUAAGACGGUUAAUACUGGUGAAAAGAGGUGUGAGUUUAUCUAUUUAUGCGGAAAAAUCGCCGAAAUGUUUCUAUUUAACAGAUUUUCCCCAAAUAAAAGAAAACGGGAUAAGUGUGCUCCUUUUACAUGGAAAGAACUUUUGAGGGCCUGACUCUGAAUUCCACUGUACUACUAAUUCUCUGUGCCCACUGUUCCUCUGGUUCUGUGCCCACUGUUCACUGAUCCUCUGUACCCACUUACUUUACCCUUCUGCUACUCCUAUCUGUUAAUUAUUAGUUAUUUCAGAACCCGGUAUAUGAGAGACUACCCCAAAUGUACAACAAGAAACUUGGUUUGCAAAACAAAAACAAAAGAAAAAUGGUGAUACUUGGUGCUUGUGGAAUGUAUCAAGAAGGAAAGUGAAUUUUGGGACUUUCCAGGAAUUCUUGUUAAAAAAGAAAAGAACGGGGAGAGAGGAAAAUCUCUUCACGUAUUCAUUUUAUAGAAAGAUUCUCAAUAAAAAUUGUGCAACCAUCUUGGCUCCUGCCCGAGAAAAGUGCGUCGGUUUGUCUGUAGAAAUGCAUGACAGGACGGAAACCGCGGGCUCUGUAAGUACCUUCUGUUCCCUCCCGUCGUUAUACUAAAUCCUUAUAAGAGUUUUCUAAGGAUCUCAGACGGACACCGGGAGGUACUUACGGUGCACGCGGUUUCCGUCUGGUCAUGAAGGCGCCCUAUGUUUUACCAUAUUAGGUUGAACGUUAGGUUUUUUUGUAGUUUUAAAUAUCCUGAAAAUUUUUCCAACGGAUAUGAGAUAUUACUUAGUGGAAAGUGCUUUGACUCUCUAGAAAGAAUAUUACUUCUAAGUUCCUGAUGUUGUUGGUUUUCUUUGUGAUGAUGAUGUUUUUGUUUCAGGUCCACGAGUAACGAAAGAUUUGUGAACAGUUACAGUGUGUCGCCUGCAAAGAAAAGAAAAAUAAUGGAAGUGGAGAAUUCCUCGAGUUUGGUGGCCGAAUCAUUGGAUGUAAGCAAACAUGAAGAAAACAUAUGGGAUGAUGUUAAAUUAGCUCUGGAGGUACCUAACAGCGUUGUUGCGGACAGUUUGGAGGUGAAACGUAACUCCUCCAGAGAAAGUGACUUAAAACCCCAGGACAGAAAGGAUUUAAUGAACGGCAUUGACAAUGUUGCUGAUAUUGUGGAUAUUGGCGAGAAAAGUCACGUGAUAGUCGAUGAAUUACGUGAUUGUGAGGAAAUGUAUCUAAAAGAGGUCGAACAUGGUGGUACUCCGUGGCUUUGUACAAAAGAGGACUUGAAAUCAAAGGAAGUUGGAGGAAAAGAUAAAGGCUUCUUUUGUGAAUCGGUGAAACUACCUUUGGAGAUAGAAAAUCCAUCCAGCUUAGAAGCACAUAAUGAGGAAGGUACUGAUGAUAUGUGGAAAAAUCUAUAUGUUCCAGCUGGGUACUUUUGCUCUAGGGUUCCUCAAAAGGUUUGUAUACAAUAUGACUUAAACAUGCCUUGAACUAGAUUAAUGUCAGAUACAAAUUUUAUUUUCAAACAGUGAAUAACAAGAAGCCGACGGGAAAAGAAUUUCGCAGAUUUUUCAGGAAAGAAAUCUGACCCUUCAAGCCGCAAAACUCUAGAGAAAAAAUUUAUCUUUCAAAUCGGCAAUCUUAACCCCCACGGUAUCAACGAGUACAUUUCCUUCAAUUGAUUUAUUCUUGUUUUCUCGUCACCUUAUUUCUUCACACAACCCACAAUUCCUCCAAUCGCUCUGACGAAGGGCUAACGCUCGAAACGUCAGCUUUUAAACUCUUUACGGUGGCUAAUUUACGUUAUCAACUCAGUUGAUAAUACUAAAUUACUUUGUUAUACUCUCCCACCGACGCAACACCACAGUUUUUUUCGAAACUUACCUCCUUGACCCUUCAAGCGUUUGCAGAGAGGCCGUGAACCCGGCCUUGUGCAAAUGUAAUGCGCGAAAUAAAAAGCUGGCGUUUCGCAGUUAUUAAGAAUGCUUGGAUCGUGUCAAAGAUUUUGAUGAAAAUUACUGAAAAUUGACGAACAAAAAGUUAGUACGUCUUAAGUUUAGGAGAAUUUUGUAAAUUUGCAUCAAUUCCCUAUUCUCAGAUGAAAAUACAUUAGCAGUGAGUACAUUUUAAUGAUACCAUCCAUGUUUGCAUGGGAUUGUUUUCCAAAUUUUGCCUUUGACGAGUCCUAUCCCAUAGAUUUUCGUCUGUCUGUCAGUCGAAAAAGUAUUGUGAUAGUUGUUGCUGAUGCUAACACGUCAAACUAGUUUGUCAUACCAAAUCCAACCAAUCACAGGCUCGUUUAGUGUUUUCAUUUUUUGUAUAAUUUUCGGUUGUGAAAUUUUUGAGCCAUAAUCUUAUAACCUUUCCGAAUUCAUAUGCCUCUAUCUUGAAAAUAUACAGUACUCCACCUGUUUAAUGUACUUGAUGACAAGAAGGUAACUUGCUUAGAGUACCUUUGCUAACUACGGACCAACAAGUACUUUAACUUUGAGGUUGUAAAAGUGAAGUUACUGUUGUGUUAAUUAUGUUCAACUAACGUCGCUCUAGCUUUUCCCCGGAAUAUGGUGCUAGGCAAGCUACAUUAUCAAAUAUUUUUCACAGGUGAGCAGAAAUGAUGUGUUUCAAGAUGACGAGUCUCAUUUACCGAGGGAUUUAAUGGUGGUUAAUCAGAUGUCGCUUGUGGUGCGAACACAUAUUUCUGUUGCUGCUAUACAGAAGACACAACAGAAUACCACUAACAAGAAUUUCAAGAAAUUUAAAAAGGUGUGUGCGCAGAGUUUAAAAUCCCAAAGAAGAUGCAAAGUAGCGAAAUUGAAUGAAAAAUUACAGGAAGCCCGAGCAAAUUAAACGACGGUGAGGAAGAACGUUUAACUCUAACGAUUUAUCUCACCUUUCCUUCCGGUCGAAACCUACAUCCCCUCUCGUCUUAAAAAAUGCGUCAAAUUGUAAUUACAACAGAGAGAAACAGCUUUGCCGAUACAUGGGCUUUUCUAACGAAAAACUGAUCAAAAUAUGGACAGUUAUCAUUCCUCAAUUGGCUUGUACUAUCCACUUAUCAUUCGACUGAUUUGUUACUGAGGCAUGUGUGGAACGAAAUCUUAAAUGAAAACAAAAAACUUUGCUUUGAAGCAACUCUACCCAGGCUCUCGUAGCAGUCUCCCGCGCAUCAUUGGUGGAAGUGAUUUGGCUGUGCACCAGACCUCUGAGCGUUUGGAUAACGACGAGUGGUUCGUGGAGGCGAGAGAGGUGAGACUUCUUGUCAACACUGUCACUGGAAACGAUUUGAAGGAUAAUUGGUACAUACUAUCUAUUAUUAUCUACAAUUGUUUUAUGUCUUGUCAGGCCGACGUUGAACGACAAAGAGAUGAAAGAAGGGCAGAUGAAUUGUUCAGGUACUUUAAAGAUCGAUCUCAACCUGUUCUUCUCUGGCUUGUAUUCCGAGGCCCUCUGGCAUUUGUAGACUCGUUACAAAUUUGUUUCUGUCAACUUUAUUCCGACUCGUUGUAACCGACCGAUAUGUAACACGCUAGCGUACUUAAAAAAUUGCGGAGCCUUCUCAGUACUUUACCACUGCAUGGCAAUCAACACAUAUAUCACCAGCACUUGCGCAAACACGCAAGAUGUUCUCAGUGUAAUAUAUUCUCUAUGUGUUUUGUAGCAGUUUUUGGUCCCUCCCACUUCCAUCAUUCACAAGAAAUAUCUACAAGGGAGAAGUGAGUUAUUUCAGAGGAACACACCUGGUCCUUAACAAUGAUCACCACUCUCUUGCAAGUAGUUCUCUUGCUCAAGAGCUGAAGAAGUGUUUUUCAUUUUCCUUUACAGAUGGGAAGACAAGCCUACCAAAGUUAAAAGAAUAAGGAGAUGAUGUUAUCAUAAGUCGCAGAGUCAUCUUUAAGUUAUUCCAUAUAUGGGUUAUCUGUUUAUUAAAAUCCAAGGGAUUCAAAUAAAACGUUAGUUUCUUUAAUGCAUAUCUAAGAUAUUGGAGAAAGAGAAAAAUAGCACUGAAGUGGAUAUUUGUAGCUUUUAAUUUUAUACGCUUUGCAUAACUUGAAAUAAACUAUUUUCGAACUGUUGUGUUCAACGUAAUCUCUUGUACUCUAUUACAAAGGAUUCUUUAGCCACAUAAUGCUGUUGUAAGUUUAUAUUUAAGUUUUUUUUUUUAACCAAACCGCACAAAUCCCUUUAAGUUGGUUUUCGUUAAAACAUUGUGAAGUAGCCAUAUUCUUUGCCUCAGUCAGGGUUUUAUUGUAUACAUAAUGACCCAUCAUUAACUGAGCUUCUUUUUUUCAAAUGAUUCCUUUUAAUUAUAAUGUUAUAGCCUUUAAGAACUGUAAGGAAAAAGGGACGUUCAAAACUCAGGGACAAUUUUUUUUCCGACCCCCGCACAGUUUGCACGUUCUCGUGAUAAGAUUAAUUCGAUUUUAUGAGAGAAAGCAUGCGAAAAUAUUCACUUUCUUCGAAAAUAUAUUUCAUUUCCAUAUUCAAGGGCGGUGCUAUUUUUGUCGUGAAUGUUAAGUUUGUAAGGUAACACGAGUUUGUCAGGACAGACAGGCCUUUUUUUGGGGGGGGGGGUGGGCUGGGGUUUGAUUCGUGAUUAGAAAAGAUACCCCUUGCUGAUUGAAGUGAGCUAUAGGCCUCUUUGUUUUUCGCAAAGUACAAGUCCUUUACGAUUUCUUGUUACAGGCCACUUAGUGGUUCAGUAUAGAUCCUCGAAGAUUUCAAAAAAACUCUGACAUUUCUUGAAACGAGACCAACUUCCCUCUCCCCGCCCCGAAUCAAACUAAGGUACCACAUAGAAGCGAGGCGAUUCGUUAUUGCGGGCACAAAACUCUGGUCAGCGUUAUUACUGAGUAUGCGCACAUUUUCAGCGAAGAAACUGUGGGGGUAAUGGCGACGGAUUCAGGCACGAAUGCUAUCGCCGAUUUUGAUAUAGAUGAAGUUAUAGAUUGGGACAAGCACGAUAUUCCUUCAAAGGUCUGUUAGGUGUUCACUUACGUAACUUUUUACACCGGGAAAGAAAUCACUUCCCCAUAAAUAAAUCGGUAAGACUCGAUCAAAGUUAAACACCGAAAGACCUUCUAGAAAGUCCCUCUUGUUCCCAGCUUUGCGGAAUCCUGGAAAGUGGCCGUGUCUCUUCGAGAUAAGAUUUCUCGAAGAUCGUACAUAGCGCCACAGUGACUAUGAUGUGAUCAAAGUAUCGUCGGUUGCUAAAUUUUCGGGGCUGACCUCGUUUUAUUUGUCUUUUUUUUUUUUUUCGUGCGUGCAUGGAUUUGAGAAAAUACAAAUGAAGCCAGAGGUGAUUCGAAACUGUCGACAAGAGUUCGACCAAGACAGUGGCAAAGAAGCAUCAAAAGUGUGGUCGUAUUUUUGAAAAAUAUGACGUGUUGAGAAUGUUAAAAGCUGUUUGCAACUGGAUUAAAUCAUAGGGAAGGGUAGGCCGAUCAGUCGCAGUACGGAAAACAGGCUUAAGAUCACUGGAUAAGGAUAAAGCUGUGUUUAUUCGGGAAAAGCCGUAUUAACACGCGGUUUGACGGUCAUGUACAUUAGAAGGGCAAGUUACAGAUGGAGUUUUGUGAUCGGACCGUAGCUUGACAUGUGAAACAUUCUAUUAAUUAUUCAUAGAAUUUUGCAUCCCCAGUAAAAACUUGGCGUAGAAUCUAUCGACAGCUUCAGUGUUGGAUCAAAUUAAGCGGAAGUGUUUUAUUUUGUGUUUUUUAGGGUUUAACUUUUUGUUUUGGUUUUGUUUUUUUGUAUGAAAUAAGGAUGGUUAUAUUAAAUUACACUGUAGCUCAAGUACAAUUCCAAUUCCUGAUCAGAACAACUCCGAUAACUCUCUUGUUUUACAUUUUAAUAUAUUCGCCACUUUAGAUGGUAACGUACAUCUGUCAUAUUAUGAAUACGGAAUUCUGGUAGCAUACCACAUCGUCAACUUACCAUACAUUUGAUAAAUGUGAACCUUUUUGGAAUCUGAUCUUUAUGUAAAUUCUGACAAAAAAAACAACUUCACAAAUUUUCCAUGUUAAAAAUUAUCAAAGUAGAACAUACUGCCAUUUUUCUGGUGAUGAUUUUGAUGGAAGAUGCAAAAACAGAAACAUGGUCUGAAAAUGAUCCUAACAUGAUUUUGUUGGAGAUUUUCAUGUUGAGUUUUCUUUGUGAUUAGGACAUUGAGUUUGACCAACUUCAAAGUUUGAAUGUAGCAGGAUCCAAUGUGGUUUCAACACCCACUACACAAUCAUCGGCAACAAGUUCUCGGAACAGUGGAGGGAAUGAAGGUCUGGUCCUGGACAGGAGCUUGCAUCAUAGCCGUGACCCUGGAACAGCUAUUGUCAGUUUACCCCAAGUAAGAAAAAAGUAUUUUCUUUCAAAAUGAUGUCCAUUACUUCCUGUAUGUUUGGUUUUGUCUCACUGCCAAAUCACAUCUGAUUUCUCAUUGUAACAUCAAAUGUUGCUAAAGAAACAAGUGAUGUGUAAACAAAAGCUGCAGUCAAUAUUCCUGUAUGUAUGUUUCUCUCUUAUUACUGAUUAAGAGUGAUAUGCCCACCCAACUUGCAAACCUGUAAAGUUUUGUAUGAGUAAGGAGACUGAACAGCACAAUCUAGAGGUUUUAUUUUUAACCUUUUUUAAAUUUUCUUAGGUUCCACAAUCCUCAGCUAUAAAUCCAGUAUUUCCUGGAGACCCUAGUUCUUUGUUAAAUGAUAUCCGUCAGGAGUACCUUCAUGUACAGAGUAUUGUGGGACGUUCUAGGACGCCACCAACUCCUACUUUUCCAUCUGAAAACUUUGAUUUACCACCAAUUACACCACCUGGAUCAAUGCAUGGUCAUUCAACCUUUACUGUUGGUCAGCAGCCUCUGAGAAUGGCCCUUUUAGCAAAUCUGAAUAGGCCAGCAACAGUUCAACCACCGAUGCCCUCCUUUGUGCAGACAAACCUCCCUCCCUCUAUGAACAAUGUUAGCAUGAAUCCUCAGCUUCAGUCAAUGGGAAGUGACUCUAACAUUGAGCAACUCAUUGAUGAAAUUGUAGAGCGAGAUAUGCCUCAAGGUGUCAGUGAGCCAAUUGUAUUCACACCUCAAGUUCCACAGGAGCCAAAUCCUUCAACAGCUCAUUUACAGAUGGCAUCAGAUGCUUUACAAAAGGGUAUUUCCUCUGGGCCUGUUCGCUCAUCAAGUCCUGGACAGUUAUCAGUUGCUCCAUCAGUUUCAGCUGUAAAAAAUACACUACCUCUUGGAGUAGUAACAGGAGGAAGCCCUUUAAAUAGUGCCAGUAGUCCAGGAAGUCCACUUGCAUCAUCCAGAAGUCCAAGUCCCAAUGUAAAGCAAACAAACCAUGCUGGAAAAUUAUCUGCUUCAGUAAGGUCCACAAAUCAAUCUGUGAGACACCCAUCACCUAGUAUGCAGCCUGGCUCUCCACUGCAGAAUAUGGGAGGGUUGUCUCCCUCUCAGUCAUCAGUGAAAGCCACAAGGACAUUUUCUUCACACAGCCCUCAGAUUCUAACAAGUUCUAAGAUGCUACAAAUGGCUGUUCCGUCAGUUGUUGCGUCUUCAAGUAGCAAAGCUGGGUCAUCUCUUUCUCAAUUUGGGAUAAACUCAGCAAAGUUAGCACAGAGUAAUGUUCCCAUUAAAAGUAAUGUGGAAGGAACAGGUGUACAUUCUCAGGGUUCUAGAAUUACCACGUCAGUACCUGUAGUUCAAUCAACUAGUCUACAGAUCCAGGGAGAAAACAUGGCUACUCAUAAUAUAGGUGUUUCUGGUACAAAUCCCAACAACAUGUCUACGCAGAAAAUUUUGCAAGGGACCAUUAUUAAUCCAGUUGCUACCCAGUCUGGUGUAAAACACAAUCAAACUAAUCCGUUACAAGCUUUCACAUCAAACCCUGCAUUGUUGAGUCAGCUUGUAAAAGCCAUUGGACAGCCUAAGCAACAGGGACCAACUAGUCAGAUUGUAGCAUCAACAGGAAAUAUUCAGACUGGUCAACCACUUAUUUGUUAUGUUGUUCCACAAAAUCCAACAUCAGGAGCUCAGAGUUCACAAGUCACCAAAUCGUCUCUUCCUGUAGCUACGUCAAAUCAGCCUGUAAAAAUGAUAUUAGUUAAUACAAAUUCAACUCUUAAAUCACCUGUGUCAGUGAAACAGCAACCAACUAAAAUGACUUUAAUGAAUGCAGCUAAUCCUGGUUUGAAUUCCAAGAAUGUGUUAUCUUUGUCUCAACAUGGAGGUGCUAAUGCUCAACUGGAAGCUAUCUCAAAUCCAAGCAUUGGUAAUCUAUUGUCAUAUGCAAAAUCUGACCCUUUAUCUUUAAGUGGAGUUAAUGGUGAAGCAAUCUUAGCACAAAAUAAUGCAGAACCCUUUAUGCAGCUGGGUACAACAGUGCAAAAAAUAUCUCCUGGGUUGUUUGUAAAUAGUCCACAUGGGAAACAAAGUUCAACGACCAUAGGAUCAACACAACCAAGUAGUAUACCUCUGCAACAAACACCUUUGCCAGGUAGUGGUAAUGUAGUUCAAAUAACAUUUGUCAAUGAGGCAACUGCAAUUAGUCAAGUGGUUGCUGCUACACCCUCAUCUACAUUGUCAUCAACAUCAGGUACAAGCCAGGCUGUGUCGCAAGCCAGCAUCAAACCAUCUGCUCCAGGUCCUGCAGAAGACCAAAUGUCAUCACCACAUGUUGCAUUAAGUUCUAGCACAGAGCAAAUGAUUAGUGGGAAUCACCAGGACAGUGAUGAUGAAGAUGAUGAUGACAGUACACCUUUAUCACAAGUUGCUGAAAGCCUAAAGAAGGUGACUGGUGCUGAUGAUGUUAAAAGAAAGAAAAAGAAAAAGAAAGAUAAAGGAACUAAGCGUAAGAAGAGAGAAAAAGAUGGUCUGGAGCUCAACAAGUAAGUGCAUGAGUAACUGACUAAUAAUGAAGCCCAGUAAUGGGUAUGUACUAAAACCUGAAACAGCAAAACAGAACAAACAAAAUGAAACAAGCCAAAGGACCAAAAUGAAAUGACCAUAAUGAGCAAAGCAAAACAAAACAAGUGAAACAAGCGAAACCACUGAAAUGACUAAAACAAAAUAAUAAAAAUAAAAUGAACCUAUUGUAAGGACCACAAGGAAGUGACUGAAACAAUCGAAGGAAAAAAAAUCAAACAAUAGUCAAUAAUAAUAAUGAAAUAAAAUGAAUGCCUAGGGGUGUCAGACAUCAGCCAACAUAUGUGACUUGUUUUGAUUAUGGUCUACUCUAGGUUAACCUCAUGGGAAAAUUCAGUUAUCUCUCACUUGCCAUUGGAUAUGUGUGAGGUGUCAAGGAAACCUUAAUUUACAAAAAUUCAAUUUAAAAAAAGACAUGGACAUAGAGGUUGUUGUUGAAUACCAAUAUCUGUUUCUUCCUCCUUUCUGUAUAGGCUUUGGUAUUUAAUAUGACUGGUGUUCUGUCCUAGAAACUACAUAUAAGACCUUAUUAGUGUCAAAUUAUAGUUUCAACUGCUCAUGUGGUAGAAAAAAAGAUAAAGUUUUGUGAGAUGGCCUUAAUGUUUAAAAGCCUUACAUUUUCUGCUACAUUCUAUCCUCCACUCGUGUAGCAAACAAACAAACAAAAAGUUAUUUAUCGAUUGCAUUGAUCCUUGCAGUGUCAGAGUAGUGGUUUUGUUUUGGUCAUAGGAGAUGUUUUGUUUGGUUGUUACAGUCGUUUUGUUUUUGUCAUUUCUGUUGUUUCGUUUUGAAAAAUGUGGAUACUAGAUUGUGCAUUUGCUCCCUAAGGUUGAGGAAAAGUCUGUCAGGGGAAGUUCACUGAACAGAAAGUACAGCUACAUGUAUUAUGGGAAACUUACCCAGCUGCUUUUCUCUCCUUUUUUUUUUUUCUUUUUUUCAAUUUGGACUUUUCUAGGCUAGUAGCUAGGUGCUCCUUUACUGAUUUAGUGAAAUUACUCUGUCUUUACCGUAAAUAGUUGAAUGUAAUGUUAAGACCUUUUUACAAAUAAAUGUUUCUCGUAAUUUCUUUUGGUUUUUGUAUAAUUCAUUAGAAAUAACCUGCCAAAAAACUCUUCUCCAAUUGAUGGUCAAUGUAGUUAGAGAAUUCCCUUAACUAAGAAGGAAGUUUUUUGUAGAUUGAAAGUUAACGUUUUCAGAUUUUGUCUUCAUUGUUUAGGCCUCUUACAGCUUAUGAGCUGUUUUUCAAGGAGACACAGGCAACCAUACGCUCAAAAAACUCUGUGGUAUGUUAAGCUUUGUAUACACUUUUAUGUUGAACAUCAGUGCCAUGAUCUAUGUGAUACGGUCUCAUCAACAAUUUUGUGAUUGUGUAAUGAUGUAGUUUUAAGGUUUUUAUAUUGGGGCUCAGGAAUACUAAUGCAUUUUCCUGUCAGUGAAUAUAACUGUGGCAAAUAUGACUGCUUCAGUCUUGUGUGAAGUACAUGUACAAUAUCAGAGGAGCCAACUUCUGGGGAUCUCAAACCUGGAGAUUCAUUUUUGGACCAGCACACCCCCCCCUCCCCCAACUGAAUUCACUGAUGUGACCCCCUUCCCCCCCCUCAAUUUUUUUUGGAAUUGAAAAAAAAACCCCACCACCACCGAGCAAUUUUGCAAGAAAAACGUGGAUCUAUUUGUCAGGGUCUUCAAUUGGUUAAAUACUCAUCCAAUCAGACUCGCUUGUAUAGCAGUAACAAAGAAGAAACUCUCUUUUUGUUUGCGACAAACAAAGUGCAUCAUGCAAGAAAAUGAAGCCAGAAGUCUUAAUACAAGCUUAAGAAGCCAGAUGAUUUUGGAAUUUUGGAACAUAAGGAGCUUAAAUCCAAUGUUGUGGGCAACUUAUCCAAACUUCCUUUUAUCAGGGAGUUUUGGUCACCAGCAUGGGAGAGUGGGAGAUUGGCUCUGUAUCCAGGAGAGUUGGUAUACUCGACCCAGUGAUAACUUAAAACAGAAACAUAUAGCCUGUAUAGAGUAUGUAUGCUUCUGCUUAAAAGGAGUGAUAUGGGAACAUCUAAGUGAAAAAAUUUAGGUGUGCAAACUACAGUCCACUCUAGAUAACUCAAUGAGAUAAUCUUGAAGGAAACUGAAAAAGAUUGGAGUUAUGAGGAAUUUCAGACGUAUGACCUCUGAGGAGGAGGAAAUGCAUGUUUAAUGAAUUGUUCUGAGAGUCAGCAAGGGUUUGUGUUUUUGGGAGUUAACUGCAUCUGAGUUAAAUAAAACUUCUUUAACCUGCAAAUUCUUUCAAGCCUUUUCAUAUCAUGAGGAAUCUAUUUGAAACUCCAACAAAAUUGUUCUUGCUUGUACUGCAGUUAGCAAAACAAUGUAUUGAUGUGGUACUGAAUCUAGAUUGUUACUUAUUGCCCUUCAAAACAUGUGGCUGCAGAUUGUGCAGUUCAUAAUGGACAAAAUGUAGCUAUAAGAUUUGGCCAAGAUAAUGUAUUAAAUCCACAAUUAAUUUCCAACAGGCUCAGUUUGAAGAAAUCAAGAAAAUUGUGGACCAGAUGUGGGAAAACCUAAAUGAAAACAACAAAAAGGUAUAAUGACCCCACUGCUCUAUUGUAUGCCCAGUUUUACUGUUUCUCAACAUUCCUUUACCUCAUAGUCUGUCUUCUCUUGGGCUGUUAGCUCUAGUCAGGCUCUCUUGUUACUGUGGCUUGUCAACAUGUCAUAGCUGAUGAGCAACUCUUAGUCUGGUAAACUACUUUAGGGUGUGAGUAUGUUUUAGGGGCUCAGGUACUAACACUGAAGGGGAACUUGCCUAUUCACAGGCAUUGUCAUCACAAAAACUUGUUUAUUAAACUAGUUACACUCCAUGCAGUCACUGUGGUUUUCAUUAAAUGUAACUGGCCUUAUCAAUGAAAUAAAGACAGCAGAUGUGAGGGUUUCAUGGAUUUAAAAUCACUUGUAUUUACCAUGUAUAGGCUUUGCAAGAGAAAGCACAGCAGGAAUAUAAAAAAUCACAAGAGGAACACCAGGCUAGAAAGUUUUUACAAGAGGUACGGGUGGAUAUCAAGAAAAACUGUCACAAAGUGUUUUACUGUGAUUUUGAAUUUUGGUUGAGGCCAGUGUGCCACUGUUAUGAGUCAUAGAGAGACACUGUUGAUUGAGUGAAGUGCCACAUAUACUGAUAGGCACAUUUGAUUUUUGGUUUUGUUUUUUUUUUUGAAUAAUCCUAUUUCUUGGAUUGGUAAAAGUGUAGAAUAUGUUGGUCUGUUAGUUCUUAAUUUUACUGCCAUCUUUGCUAGUCUAAGGGUUUUCUUUUUCAGAUUUCCUAUAGAAUUAUUACGUGCAUUACUUGUGUCCUCUGUUCCUUUUAAAACAGGAAGAACCAACUGUAAAACUCAGGAAGAUUGACAGAGCAGAUUCUAUAUCAUCACCCAGUGUGGGUAUACCUGGUACAUUGGAACCCAACAAAGACACUUCUGCUGUGGCUGUUGGUAAACCCCUGAGCCGUACUCUAAGUCAGACUCCUAUGGCUGGAAAGCCAGUGGCAACCGUACCUCCAAUGGCAGCUAAUAAGGCACCAACUGGUACAACAACUCAGUCAACAGUCUCUACAAAGGCUAAGGUCAGUGUGCAAUGAAGAGAAUAAUCCCAACUUGGGCAUAAAUACAAUCUUUACAGGAAUUGAUGAUUUUUUUUUUUUUUUAAGUGUGUGGGUGUGUGUGAUAACUGGCGCAGUAGCUGUUACCUAGUGGGUUUUGGAAAUGGCAGUGUAUAAUUGAAUUUUUAAAGCACAUUUGGAGACAGUUUUUAAGUUAUUAAAUUCAAAUUCUAUAUGCUUGGGCAUUUUUCAUGGAAAGAUUAUUCCCAAGGUAGUGAUUUCUCAAAAUUUGUUUUCUUUUGACAGAAGAGCAAAGUUACAGUGAAGCCAAUAACUAAGCGAAUGUGUCUGUGCGAUGGUUGCAACAAGCCAGCGAGUACAACAAAGGAACGUGGCACUCAGUACUGUAGUAAUGAGUGUAUUGUCAAACACUGCAGGUAUAAAUCAUCAAAUUAA